AUGAAAGCAUCUCUAAUUAUUCUUCAAAUUUUUCUUUUGGCAGUUUUAGCUUCAUCGAAUACUGUAAUUAAAAAUGAAGAAGAGCUUGAAGAAUUUUUGAGAACUUCAAAAAUGUCAAGAGAAUCCAAGCAGGUGCUCCGAGAGUAUCAAAGAGAAGGAAUGCUUCAGUUCCCCUUGGAUCCAUUCAACUUUGUGUCUCAAUUGCAAUCAAUCUUCUCUCAACUACCCAAUCUCUUCUCCUCAAUUUUCAAAUUCCCGCAAUUUUUCAGCCCAGCUGAUACCCGUAUCAGUGUGGGACGAUCUGAUAAUCAUCAUGUGGUUGACAAUAGUAAUGAAUAA